AUGGGACACAGACAACAUUUUAAUGCAUCUCAGAUUUUUGAGAAUGAGAUUGAUCAGGGAUGGAAUCAUGCAGAGCAACCUUAUAUGCCCAUUGCAAGGGGUGUUCCUGAAAGCAGCUCGAUUAUUCAUUCUGCUGAUAAUAUCCCAAACCAAGGUGGACACUAUCCACCUCAAUGGGGCCCACCUCCUAGGUCAUCGACUGGUCACUCUCCUUCCAUACCUAAUGUGGAAUUUUCACAUUAUCAGCCCAUUCCACCAGUAGCUCCUGUCCCAUCUCGUGGUCCUUUCCCGCAUCAGCCCGCUGUUGGAAAUCCUCACAUUUUUCAAGAACAUUAUGCACACCAUCCAUCUUCGUCCAAUGUUGGUGGCCAGACAAUAGAUACUGUUUUUUACAAUCAGACAGAGGGCAGUUGCCGUGGGCCCUACAAGCGGAAAAGCCCCUGUAUCCCUCCAAUGUUCGAGAUGGGGUCCACAAGCAGCAGAUAUUACGAUGUAGGAAGUUCGUCAGAUAUUCAUCUGCCUACCGACCCGUGGCAGGAAAAGCAGAAUAUUGAACCUUGUCACUCUCGUUGGGAAUAUUCCUCCGGUUAUGGACCUAAUAAUAAUAGCCUCUCUAUAGGAGGAGAUGGUAGUACAAUGAGAAAUGUGAGGAGUAGAGCUUCGAUUGACCUGGAAAGCCACCUGACCAGGUCUCAUUUGCCGAGCAAUACUUUGCAUCAUACUUUUUCCAAUCAAUCCUCCGACCCAUCUAAUUUGGUCGAUUUCUGGGGUCAAAGCUCAAAUGCGCCAACGCACGAAUGGAAUUCUAAUCAUGUACCACCAGCUGGUCCCCAUGGAUUGAUUUCUGGCCCGGAUUCUAGUUUCUUCGGUCAUGAUACAAAUCCCCAGAAUGCAAUGAACAACCUUCUUCCUAAUAAUAAUUCUGUUGAGAUUGGGGCUUACAACAGUGAUGUUAGAAAUCACGUUCCUCAAAAUGUUGGAAAUCACUUGAACCAGUCCGUCAGAGGAGUCCGAAGUAGUUAUGGCCAAAGGUCCGCCCCUACUUUCAGGGCUUCUUCCAACAACUUCCGUCCACCUGCCCCAGACGAGAGGCAGCAUGUUGGAGAAAGUUAUCCUUCGAGACAUUCACGGGCUCUUUCCAACCUAAGGCUGCGCAGUUUAGAUAGGAACGUGAGAACUUGUAUAUCGGGCGAUAGAUAUCGAUAUCUUAGUGAGGAAGCAAGUUUCCGUGAUCGGCUGGCACCUGAGGGUCUCAUGGUUGUGGACCACAAUGCGGUUUAUGGAUCAAGAACUCUGUUUGAUCAGCACAGGGACUUGAGACUCGACAUAGACAACAUGAGUUAUGAGGAGCUUCUUGCACUUGGAGAAAGGAUAGGAAGUGUGAGCACCGGCUUGACCGAUGGUUCGAUUUCCAAAUGCCUGACCGAGUCCAUAUAUUGUUCGUCCGACCUAUCUCAAGAUGAAGGAAACUGUGUCAUUUGUUUGGAGGAAUACAAAAACAUGGAUGAUGUAGGGACUUUGAAAUCGUGUGGCCACGAUUUUCACGUGGGCUGCAUUAGGAAAUGGCUGUCGAUGAAGAACGUAUGUCCCAUCUGCAAGGCAUCGGCCACGGAGGACAGUAAUAAGGAAAAAUAA